AUUCGUUCGCGCGCCGGCGUGGCGUACGUGUCGCAUCAUGGAUUGUGUCUUUGUGUUGUGAUUGUGUUAAAGUGACUGUGGAAGCAUGAUGCCUCUCGCACCGACACCUGUGGUCGCGGUGCCAUCAAAACCGAAAAUUGGAUUUAGUAUAGACAGUAUUGUGGGUGCUGAGAAACAAACUUCGCCGCCGCUAGGCAGUCCCGGGUCGCCUUCACCCGUCGCUUCACCCCGGAGUCCGUCUCCGAGACCAUUACUGCGGCCAAGCGCGUUACCAGCUAUGUUUCCCUCGCCUGAGCUGAAGAGGCUACCGUAUUUAGACGCUCAAACCCAUCACCACCAGUUCUUAGCGCAUUUUCAAGGCGCGGCGCUGGCUGCAGCCCUCGCUCAUCAGCAGCAAGGGUUUGGGGCGCCCCUACCUCCGCACCCACCUCCUCACCCCUCGGCCCCGGUGCCCAGGGAGUCCUAUCAGCUGUACCCGUGGCUAAUCAAUAGGCAUGGAAGGAUUUUCCCGCAUAGAUUUCCUGGAGGGCCAGACAUCCCCGGUUUCCUCCUGCAGCCCUUCAGAAAACCGAAGAGAAUCAGAACAGCCUUCUCACCUUCACAACUUCUUAAAUUGGAGCAUGCAUUUGAGAAGAACCAUUAUGUGGUCGGGGCAGAAAGGAAACAGUUGGCUCAGGCCUUGAGCUUGACUGAGACACAGGUGAAAGUGUGGUUCCAAAACAGAAGAACAAAGCAUAAAAGAAUGCAGCAAGAAGAAGAAGCAAAGACUGGGAAGUCUAGUUCCUCUGGCAACAAGCCCGAUGAGCAUUUCAACAACUCCUACGAUGAAGAUGAAGAACUAAUAGAUAUGGACAUGGAUGACCUUAGUGAAAGUGAAAAUGAAACGUAAAGUGAAAUGAACACUAGAGACUUGUAAAUAUGGUUGUAAAUUAAUUGUAUCGUAGAUAAAACAAUUCUACUUAUUUAUUAAUUGGAUAGUUUUUUUAAAGACUCGAAAAUGGUAACCGUUCGAACCUAUUAUUUUAUUGUGUAAUGGUCACGCGCGCAGAUCCUAUGGCGCUGUAUCUUUAUGACCUUUUUACAGAACGAAUGAAAAAUUUCAUUUAAUUAAUUUUAAUAUUUACUACGUAUUAAAUA